CUCUGCCACCACUGCUAACGCCUCCACCACCACCCGGCUUCUCAGAGCAGGCGGCUGUUGCCAUCCGCUGUCCCCAGGAGGGCACACUUGGGGCAGGGCCUUCGCCACUUUUGUGCCUUGCUCAAGAUGUGAGUUCAUCCUCUCGCUUCUGGAGAAGAUGCAGACACAAGAGAUACUGAGGUUGCUGCGGCUGCCCGAGCUGGGCGACUUGGGCCAGUUUUUCCGCAGCCUCUCAGCUACCACCCUUGUGAGUAUGGGUGCUCUGGCUGCCAUCCUCGCCUACUGGUUCACUCACCGGCCAAAGGCCUUACAACCACCAUGCAACCUCCUGAUGCAGUCAGAGGAAGUGGAGGACAGUGGUGGGGCCCGGAGAUCUGUGAUUGGAGAUGGCCCUCAGCUGCUCACCCACUAUUAUGAUGAUGCCAGGACCAUGUACGAGGUGUUCCGCCGUGGGCUUAGCAUCUCAGGGAAUGGACCCUGUCUUGGCUUCAGGAAGCCCAAGCAACCUUAUCAGUGGCUGUCCUACCAGGAGGUGGCCGACAGGGCUGAAUAUCUAGGGUCCGGACUUCUGCAACACAAUUGUAAAGCAUGUACAGAUCAGUUUGUUGGUGUUUUUGCACAAAAUCGACCAGAGUGGAUCAUCGCAGAGCUUGCCUGCUACACGUAUUCUAUGGUGGUGAUCCCACUAUAUGACACCCUGGGCCCUGGUGCUAUCCGCUACAUUAUCAACACAGCUGACAUCAGCACCGUGGUCGUGGAUAAACCUCAGAAGGCUGUGCUUCUGCUAGAACAUGUGGAGAGGAAGGAGACUCCAGGGCUGAAGCUCAUCAUUGUCAUGGAACCAUUCGAGGAAGCUCUGAAAGACCGAGGGCAGGAGUGUGGGGUGGUCAUUAAGUCCAUGCAGGCCGUGGAGGAGUGUGGCCAACGGAAUCAUCAUGUCCCUGUGCCCCCGAAGCCCAGUGACCUCUCCAUUGUGUGUUUCACAAGCGGCACAACAGGGAACCCAAAAGGUGCGAUGCUCACCCAUGGGAACGUGGUGGCUGAUUUCUCAGGCUUUCUGAAAGUGACAGAGAAAGUGAUCUUUCCGAGACAGGACGAUGUGCUCAUCUCCUUCCUGCCUUUGGCUCACAUGUUUGAGAGAGUAAUCCAGUCUGUCGUCUACUGCCAUGGAGGGCGCGUAGGCUUCUUCCAGGGAGAUAUCCGUCUCCUCUCAGAUGACAUGAAGGCUCUGUGCCCCACCAUCUUCCCUGUGGUCCCUCGAUUACUGAACCGGAUGUAUGACAAGAUCUUUAGCCAAGCAGACACACCAUUAAAGCGCUGGCUCCUGGAGUUUGCAGCAAAGCGUAAACAGGCUGAGGUCCGAAAGGGAAUCAUCAGGAAUGAUAGCAUCUGGGAUGAACUCUUCUUUAAUAAGAUUCAGGCUAAUCUUGGCGGGUGUGUGCGGAUGAUUGUUACUGGAGCAGCCCCGGCUUCACCAGCAGUCCUGGGAUUCCUCCGGGCAGCUCUGGGAUGCCAGGUUUAUGAAGGCUAUGGCCAAACUGAGUGCACGGCUGGAUGUACCUUCACCACGCCUGGGGACUGGACCUCAGGGCAUGUAGGGGCACCUCUGCCCUGCAAUCAUAUCAAGCUCGUCGAUGUCGAGGAACUGAACUAUUGGACCUACAAAGGAGAGGGAGAGAUAUGUGUGAGAGGACCAAAUGUGUUCAAAGGUUACUUGAAAGAUCCAGACAGGACAAAAGAGGCCCUGGACAGUGACGGCUGGCUUCAUACUGGGGACAUUGGGAAAUGGCUGCCGGCAGGAACUCUUAAAAUUAUUGAUCGGAAAAAGCACAUAUUUAAACUUGCUCAGGGCGAAUAUAUUGCACCCGAGAAGAUUGAAAACAUCUACAUACGGAGUGAGCCUGUGGCACAAAUCUUUGUUCACGGGAACAGCUUAAAGGCCUAUUUGGUGGGCAUUGUUGUGCCUGACCCUGAAGUCAUGCCCUCUUGGGCUCAGAAGAGAGGAAUUGAAGGGUCAUAUGCAGAGCUCUGUGCAAAUAAGGAGCUGAAAAAAGCCAUUUUGGAAGAUAUGGUGAGGUUAGGAAAAGAGAGUGGACUCCAUUCGUUCGAACAGGUUAAAGCCAUUCACAUCCACUCUGACAUGUUCUCAGUUCAGAAUGGCUUGCUGACACCAACAUUAAAGGCUAAGAGACCUGAGCUGAGAGAGUACUUCAAAAAACAAAUAGAAGAGCUUUACUCAAUCUCCAUGUGAAGUUCAAGGAAAGUUCUUCUCAGUAUAAUGGACUGUGUAGCAAUAUUAUAGUUACUCUUGAAAGUAAUGAAUCAGAAUGAUGCAGCUGAAAAUGAAUAAGCACGUGAUCUUAUGACCAUGCCUUUUCCUGUCCCAAGAGGUCUUUAACAAUAUUUUCUCUAUCAUCACUGAGUACACUUUAUUUUUAUUAAAAUGAUAUUGUAACAAGCUGCUAAAAAUAUCACAAAUGGCAAUGUAAAAAUCAAGACUUUUCUCAAGGACUGUGUACCACUAAAAGUAAUAUAUUCUCAAUGUUCACAGAACUCUUAUUAAACAUAAAGGAAAAACAUAACUGAUAUACUGUACUUCAUUAUUUGUGGAAUAGUAACCUGAUAUAGCAAAUAUCUCAGCAAUGUGGACUACCUCAUUAGUAACUGAUUGUCAAAAUCCCAGUUAAAUCAGACUUAAAAAAUUAAAAUUAGGUGUACAGAAUCAUGCUAAAACAAGAUAUAAUGCACAUUCUACAUAAAUUCAGAUUCUUUAUACAUGACAAUUCUUAUUGAUGUGAACAAGUUUUCCCUGUCAUUUUUACUUUUAUGCAUGAAAAAUGCGAUUUCAGAUACUAUUGAAACAAAUGUUAUAUUUAUAUAACAUUUUA